AUGACAGCGUACGUGCCACCCGAGUGGGCCGGCGGCGGGCAGAACGUCUAUGGCCUCUCGCUCGAGGUCAUCAAGAGCGGCGUCAUCUUGGACACGGUCGCGCUGGAUGCCAAGCCCUUCUUCGUUGCCGGCCGCAUGGAGCCGCUCUGCGACCUUGUGCUGCAGCAUCCGUCCGUCUCGCGCACCCACGCCGCUCUGCAGUUUGACGCCGACGGCAAGCUCUUCGUCGUGGAUCUCAAGAGCACCCAUGGCACGCACGUCAACAAGCGGCGCCUCCCGCCCAGCGAGUACACGCAGCUGUAUGUCGGCGACGUGGUCGUGUUUGGCGAGUCGACACGCAUCUACACGAUCCUUGGUCCACCCGAACUCAUGCCCGACGAAUACAACUCGACCAACUUGGAGAAGCUCCGCGCGUCGGUAUGUCCGAGUCCGCUGCUUGAUGCCUUGGUGCUCAUGACGAGUGUAGCUGGCCGUGAAGAAGCCACCGCCAAAAAGCCAAGUGCUUGCGAGGAUGGCAUCUCCUGGGGCUUUGGCGAAGACGCGGAAGAGGAGGACGACGCCGACCGAGACGACAGCAGCGACGACGAAGGCAGCGACAAGCGGCGGCAACCCGCUGUCAAAUCUGCGCGGCAAGAGAGCUUGCCCGACUACUUACGCGACCGCAAGGAUGUCUCAGGGCCGUACGUCUCGAGCGUGUCGAGAGAGUCCAUUUCGGCCAAGGACACGGCGCUCUACACCCGUCUCCAGGCGCGCAUGCAAAAGAUGGAAAACCUCCGCACCGAGUCGGAGAGAAUCCGAGCCAAGCAAGGCAUGGGGUUGACCGACGGCCAGCAAGCCGCGCUCGACAAGAACGAAGCACGGAUUGCGCAGCUUCAAGACGAAAUUCAGACGAUCGAAGCGACGCUGCAAGCCAAGCAGACGCAGCGGUUGUCGCAAAAGGCCCAGCUCGAUGCCAAGAAAGAGGCCAGUGCGACCAAAGCCGCGACCAAGCCCAAGACGUCGACCGCGUACGACGACGACGACGACGACGAUGACUUCUAUGACCGUACCAAGACCCAUGUGCCCAAGAAGCACGUACCGCUGUCGGUCGCACCGCGCGUCUUGACCGCCGACUCGAUUCGCGCCAACCUACGUGCGCUCACGCACCAGCUCGAGACGAUCCAAGCUCAGUAUCGCAAGAACGAAGCGGCUGCUGCCACGACGCUUGAAGCCAGCACGGAUGGCGACGACAGUUUGGACGCCUAUUUGCACGCGUCCAAUGCAGCGCUCGUGGCCGACCAGCGCACCAAGCUGCAAGCCGAGACGAUCCGUCUCGAGGCGCUCAUUGACGAGCAAGAGAAGCUACUGGCCAUCGCAACGCCAGCGCUCGACAAGGUUGUCGAGAAGCCCACGCCGGUGGCGUUUGCUCCGGACGUCGAGUCUGCUCCAGUUGUGGCCCCGGUCGCCAAGCAGGUUGUGGCACCGGUCGCCGCGGCCGACCUGCAGCAGCCACCAUUGUUGCUCGUGCCUGCACCUUCUGUUUCCGUCGAGAUGACAGCUUUGCAUCCAAGUGUGUCGUCGGGCGAGAGCAAGCCGACGCCCCCAGAAGAGCAUGUGCGUUCCGUAAACUCGCUCGAUGUCGAAGCAGCAGGCCAGAAGAAGCGCCCGGUCUCAUCGACCGCGCCCAAGCCCAAGCGUCAACGCCCGAAUGGGGCCAAGCCCACCAAAGUGCGGCGAGAGCGUAUGGCAGCCGCCGCCAACCAAACCGGCGACGGCCGCACGGCGCUCAACGAUAAAUACGGCUACUAA